AUCCCGGUUACAACCAACUUAGGGUGGGGAGGAAGUCAGCAGAAAAAAAAAAAAAAAAAAAAAAAAAAAAAAAAAAAAAAAAAAAAAAGAAGAUGAAAUAGAACCAUUAUUUGUAUCAAACUUCCAAUUUCACGAGCUUCCACUUUUUUUUAUUUUUUGUUUUUCCUUAGCAGAUCCCAUUUCCCGCGCAAACCCAAUCUGAGUUGGCCGAGAAAACCAUAAACCGUUGACUCUUUCGUUUGGUUUGGUGAUGGGUAAGACGCAGCGCUUGGAUUUUGCUUCCUCCGGCAGUAACAGAGUCCCUCUUCUGAACAACAAGGAGGCUAAUAAUGGUGAUGGCCCCGUCACGGACCUUGAGCAUGGUGAUGCCGUACAGGCUGCGAAUGUUGGAUAUUGUCGAAUAUUGUCACUUGCUAAACCUGAUGCUGGCAAGAUAGUUAUUGCCACUAUUGCACUGCUGAUUGCAUCCACAACAAGUAUUCUGAUACCAAAAUUUGGGGGAACGAUAAUUGACAUUGUAUCAAGAGAAAUAAGAACUCCCGAACAGCAAGCUGAAGCUUGGGAGGCUGUCAAAAACACCAUAUUGGAAAUACUUCUAAUUGUUGUUGUUGGCUCUUUGUGCACAGCACUCCGAGCGUGGUUGUUUUCUUCUGCUAGUGAAAGAGUCGUUGCUCGUUUGAGAAAAAACUUAUUUGCUCACCUUAUUCAUCAGGAAAUAGCCUUCUAUGAUGUUACUCGGACAGGGGAGCUUCUAAGCAGGCUAUCUGAAGACACACAGAUAAUAAAAAAUGCUGCAACUACCAAUCUUUCUGAGGCACUGAGAAACGUAACAACUGCGUUUAUUGGUAUUGGAUUUAUGUUCUCAUCAUCUUGGAAGUUAACAUUGUUGGCUUUGGUGGUUGUACCUGUUAUUUCGGUUGCUGUAAAGAAGUUCGGGCGCUAUCUCCGAGAACUUUCACACGCAACUCAAGCCGCAGCUGCAGUAGCUGCCUCAAUUGCUGAGGAAUCUUUUGGAGCUAUCCGAACUGUUCGGUCCUUUGCUCAAGAAGGCCACACGAUUUCAAAUUACUCAGAAAAAGUUGACGAGACACUGAAGCUUGGACUAAGACAAGCUAGAGUAGUAGGUCUAUUUUUCGGAGGGCUAAACGCAGCGUCCAUGUUAUCUGUUAUCGUCGUAGUUAUUUAUGGAGCAUACUUGACGAUUACAGGCUCCUUGACUGCAGGAGCUCUUACCUCUUUCAUUCUUUAUAGCCUUACAGUUGGAUCCUCAAUAUCUUCUCUAUCGGGGUUGUACACGACUGCGAUGAAAGCUGCAGGAGCAAGUAGGAGAGUUUUUCAGCUUCUCGAUCGUGUCUCAGCCAUGCCACAAGCAGGCAAUAAGUGCCCCGCAGGGUCAGUUCCACUAUAUCUUCUGACCUUUUUUUCUUUCCCCCUUCCUUAUUACAUGCUAUGGUCUUGAUUU